AUGGCAUCUCCGAUAUUUCUCUCUUAUGACAAUUUCGACCAAGCUUCCGAGCAAAAUUCCUUCCGCGGGGCCUCUGCGACGAUUUCCCGAGACUGUUUUGCCGCGAAACCUUCCAACGUUCCAUCGGCGUACACCUCUGCCAUGGUUCAGCCUGGCCAUCAAGGACCGAGAAUGUAUGUACCGAGUAUGACUGGUAAUUUCAAUGGUGGAAUGCAUAGGUUUGGCGGAAAUCUGGUUAGUGAUGGGAGAGUGAAUGGUGAUCUGCAUUCAGCGGUCUGGUCUCCACCACAAUCGAUGAAUUCAGCAUCGGCAACUGCAUCCGUAAGGCUAUCAACCCUUCGACACUACCCAAUCCUGCACCAUCACGAAAACAACCACCACCCCAUCUACCUUCCACCACAAAUCGGUCAAUCCGGUGUUGAAUCCGUAAGAACUGAGAGGAUGGAGAAGUUGGGAUCGUGCCAGGAUGUCAUCACGAAGGAGAAAAUCCGUAGAAGAGUUUAUCUGGCGCUGGCAGCUUUCUGCCUGAAUCCCUUGUUUGGCCCUGUGGCGCUCUUGCUCGCCUGGACAGCUCAGAACAGAUUCGACAACAGCCGCUACGACGAGCAGAAUAUCUCAAAGCUUCUGAAGGCCUCGUUGGGUAUGUCAAUAGCCGGGUUCAUCACCACCAUCCUAACCCUUUUCCUCACUCUUUUGGGGUUCAUGAUUAGUUUCGGUCUCAAUCCUACUAACUUUCGUUUCGGCAGCAAUACCUAG